AUGGCGCCCUUUUCAAGCCUCCGCGCCACCCUCACACAAGCAUAUCCUCCUACUCCAGCUUUCACUGAGGCAAAUGUCCCCCCAGGCUCACAGAAUGGCCGCAUUUUUAUUGUGACAGGUGGAAAUGCGGGUAUUGGACUUGAGCUAUGCAAGAUCCUCUAUGCGGGCGGAGCGACUGUCUAUAUGGCGUCUCGAUCCCAGACCAAAGCAGAAGCGGCCAUCAAAACUAUUACCGAGGUGUCGAAAUCCCAAAGUACCAGUGGCAAACUGAAGUUCUUGCAUCUUGAUCUAAAUGAUCUCCUGGUCGUCAAGGCCGCAGCGGAAAGUUUCGCACAGCAGGAAGAUAAGCUAGAUGUACUGUGGAACAAUGCCGGCACCGGCGCUAACGCUGUCACGAUCGGCCAACGCACAGCUCAAGACUUCGACCCUAUGAUAGGAAUGCACUGUAUUGCGACACUGCUCUUCACUAAGCUCCUCCUCCCGCAGCUGCGCGCUGCCGCCGCUUCUGGUGAGAGUGGCAAGACUCGUGUCGUCUGGACAUCGAGCGCUCUGGCAGAGGCGGCCUCACCACCCAACGGCAUCAAUUUCGACCUGUUGGACAAAGGAACCAAAAGUCUCACUGAGAAUUAUGGGACAUCCAAAGCGGGUACCUGGAUUCUCAGUCGGGAAUUUGCUCGUCGAUACGCCAAGGAUGGAAUCGUCAGUGUUUGUUUGAACCCGGGAUUCUUGAAGACAGCUUCUUUCAAUGGGACCUCUGCAGUCAUCAUGUUCGUACUGAACAAAGUUAUCCUGAGUGAUGCGAUCUAUGGCGCGUACACGGAACUUUAUGCUGGCCUCUCGCCCGAUGUCACGUUGGAAAAGAGCGGCUCGUACAUCAUUCCCUGGGGCCGGAUCCGCCCAAAUGAAGCUACUCCGCGACAGGAUCUCAUCAAAUCUGGGGAUUCCAAGGAGGAGGGGGGUCUGGAUUAUGGGAACAAAUUCUGGGCUUGGUGUGAAGGGAAAUGGAACAAUCAUGUUUAG